AUGGUGCAUAAAACGCUGCUAUUUGGCGCACUCCUGGGACUCGCCAGUGCGGCUCGUCUGGACAAUCUGUACGGUGCUCCAGCACCUGCGGCCUCUUACCAGGGUGGUGGUGGUGAUGGUAACGUGCUGAAUGCACCACCAAACCAGUACCUUCCACCAUCGGCCGGAGGUCCUCAGGGAUCGCAAGGAAACUACCCUUCAGUGGCACCCCUAGGCCAGUCCGGGUUCGGUGCGUACAACCCUCAACCGGCCUAUAGUGGCGCUAGUAACGCCCUGCAACCGAGCGGACCUGCGGGUGGCUUCCAGGGUGGCUUCCAGCAGACAACCCCUAUCCCGAUUUUGCGCUACGAAAACGUUAACAACGGCGAUGGCAGCUAUCGAUUCGACUACGCCACCGGUAAUGGAAUCCAGCACCAGGAAGAAGGCUUCCUCCGGAAUCUCGGACCGGAAAAAUCCGAACAGGUAGUCUCGGGUGGUUACUCCUACACGGCACCGGAUGGUCAGCUGUACAGCGUGCAGUAUAAGGCCGACGCGAACGGUUUCCAGCCCGUCGGUGAUCAUCUGCCAACGCCACCGCCUCUACCGCAAGCGCUACAGGAGGCUUAUGAUCUGCAUGCUCGUCUCCACGCUGAAGCCGCUGCGAGACCUCAAAACCCGGCUUACCAGGAAGCUCAGACACCUGGCCGACAGUAUGGUGCACCCCAGCAAGGACCUCAGCAGGGUUCGUACUAUCCCCAGCCGCAGCAGCAGCAACAGCAACCACAGUACCCCCAGCAACAGCCACAACAGCAAACGCCCCAGUUCCACUCGAGCUCACCGAACGCCCUCCAAGGUUAUCCUUCGGCACCAGCCAACCAGUACCUGCCACCGUUGAAGCGCCAGCAAGGCUUCAACCCUAACACCGGUUACACCUACUAGUGCCACUGGCGACUACUUUCUAUCGAUUUCAGUAUUUAUUUGAGCCAACCCCCGUUACGAAACACGCUAAUAAAACAAACGUGACUAA